AUGGAAAAAGGAGCAAAAGAGCCUCAAACCAUGAUCCAUGCAAGUUUCCAAGUCAAGAGCAUCAAUUUAUCUCCAAGUGACAAUUCUCGCUAUCGAGCAGGAACGAAGCUUCGGAAGUUUGGCCGCGAACGGAGGGGUUCCCGACGUCAAAAAGUCACGAUCUUGAUAUUUAAAGAUAGAUACUUGAGUCAUGCAUCACGUCGAAGUGGAAUGAUGCCAUUUGGAUCAACCAUAAGGGCGGACCUUAUUUUCUACCGAGACAUGUCCGGUAAACGAGCAAACGAAGCCCAUGGAGGAUUUGGAGUGUCUAAUGGCCCGAGCAGCAGCGCCAAAGGCCUUGAUUGA